UUUUGCGACGGUUUUCGACGGGGAGCGUUGGUUUCUGAGGGAGGGUGCGGGGAACUGUCGAAUUGUUUACAUUCUGCUCGCUGAAAACAAACCGCACAGCCACCAGACGCACUGAGCACGAUGGAUGUCGGAGAGCUGCUUUCUUUCAAGCCCGAGCAAACCCCAAAGCGCCCGUCCGAUUUUGAAAGGGAUCAGCAAAACGACGACGACGAUGAACACUCCCCGGAACCGGCAGCCCGCAGCCAACCCCCAAAAAAGGUCACCCGAACGGAACAGAGCGUAAGCGCGCGAGGAAUCCCCGCACUGCCCACCAAGGAGCCACAAAUCAGCGAGGAGGAACGGCUGAACAUUCUGAAAUUUGUCGAAACCGAGGAGCCCGACGGAGAGGUGCUGGAUGAGGGUGGCCUCAAACGGAUGCUGCUGCUGUUCGAAAAGCGCGUGCUGAAGAACCAAGAGAUGCGCAUCAAGUUUCCGGACAGUGCGGAAAAGUUCAUGGAAAGCGAGAUUGAGCUGAACGACGCCAUCCAGGAGCUGCACGCGGUCGCCACCGUGCCGGAUCUGUACCCGCUGCUGGUCGAGCUGAACGGUGUGGCCAGUUUGCUGGACCUGCUGUCGCACCAAAACUCGGACAUCAGCGUGGCGGUGGUCAAUCUGCUCCAGGAGCUUACCGAUGUGGACAUCCUGCACGAAAGCCUGGACGGUACGGAGACGCUGAUCGAGGCGCUGCGCAACCAGCAGGCUGCCGGACUGCUCGUGCAGAACCUGGAGCGGUUGGAUGAGUCUGUGAAGGAGGAAGCGGACGGUGUGCACAACACGCUCGCCAUCUUCGAGAAUCUGAUCGAGGUGAAGGCCGACAUUGCGAAGGAAGUGGCCGAACAGGGCUUGCUGCAGUGGAUUCUGAAGCGGCUGCGCGCCAAGAUGCCGUUCGACGCGAACAAGCUGUACUGCAGCGAAAUGCUGUCGAUACUGGUGCAGGACACGAACGCGAACCGCAUCACGCUGGGCAACAUAGACGGCAUCGAUGUGCUGCUGCAGCAGCUGGCCGUCUACAAGCGACACGAUCCGAGCUCGGCGGAGGAGCAAGAGUUUAUGGAGAACCUGUUCAACAGCCUCUGCUCGGCGCUGAUGGCGAAGGAGAAUCGGGAAAAGUUUCUCAAAGGCGAGGGUCUGCAGCUGAUGAACCUGAUGCUGCGCGAGAAGAAGCUCUCGCGCAACGGGUCGCUGAAGGUGCUGGAUCACGCGAUGGCCGGACCGGACGGGCGCGACAAUUGCAACAAGUUCGUCGACAUUCUCGGCCUGCGCACGAUCUUUCCGCUGUUCAUGAAGACGCCGAAACGGAGCAAGAAGCGCCUGCUCAGCACGGACGAGCACGAGGAGCACAUCGUCUCCAUCAUUGCCAGCAUGCUGCGCAACUGCAAAGGCUCGCAGCGGCAGCGCUUGCUGUCGAAGUUUACCGAGAACGAUUUCGAGAAGGUGGAACGACUGAUGGAACUGCACCGCAAGUAUUUGGACAAGGUGGAAGCGAUGGACCGUGAGAUCGAUCAGGAGCUGCGCAACAAUGAGGACGAGGAGCAGGACGACGACAUGGUGUACGUGAAGCGUCUCUCCGGCGGACUCUUCACACUGCAGCUGGUCGAUUACGUGAUCCUCGAGAUCAGCUGCACGGAUGUGGUGAAGCAGCGCGUCCUGAAGAUUCUGAACCUGCACAACGGGUCGAUGAAAAUGAUACGCAACGUGAUGCGCGAGUAUGCGGGCAAUUUGGGCGACGCUAACGAUAGCGAUUGGCGCGAACAGGAGCAGUCCCACAUACUGCAGCUGAUCGAUCGGUUCUAAUAGGUUAGCGCUCGAUUAUAAAACCCUCAUACAACGUUCAAUAAACCGGAAAUGACUCGAAAAAUGGAAAA